AUGAUCCGGCACAACGCGACCGAGACCGACUUGGAUGCGGCUGUGUCGUCCAAGGUUGUGAAGACUAUCACAAAAGCGGCGAAAACAGUUGGCAAUGCGGCGGAAGACGUUGGCGGCGCGAUUGGCGACGGGGCAAAGGCGAUUGGCGGUGAGGUGCUGAGUGCCGCCGACACAGUGGGAAAUGCUUUUGAUGAAGCAACGGACAAAGUCGCUUUCGUGGCAGAGACGGUGAUCGAUACAGUGGAGAAGGCAGCGGCCAUCAUCACAAAGGGCUUUGCCGACACAGGCGCAGAUUGCAGCUUCUCUUUGCCCAAGUUUGCGGUGGACGAGGAAGGCUUCACCUUCACACUGCCAAGGAUUCGUUUGCAGCAUUUGCAGUAUAAC